AGGGAGGAGCAGAAGGGAGAGGUGGGCCGGUGCGAGAGAUCUGAUCGAGAAAUUUGAUGCGAAGAAUUGUGGUAAGAGCUCCCGGUGAAAUUCUUCGUGGAAAACCUCGUUUCUGGUUACGUGAGUGUUGAUUUGUGUGAAUUGCACGAGGGCAGGGGAAUUUGAGAGAGAGAGAGAGAGAGAGAGAGAGAGAGAGAGAGGGGAAAGGGAUGGAGAGAGGGGCUGGCGGAGGAGGAGGCAGGGUUAGGGGAAUGGUGGAAGGAAGGAGCGUGGCAGAAGUGCAAUUGUUUCGAGAAGACGUCGUUCAGCGUCUGGCACAGCCUUCUCUGAUUGGAGUGGUGUCAAAAGUUGGCGGAGAUUCGGAUAGCGAGGAUAGUUCAGAGAGUGAGGAUGAGGAGGAGGAGGAAGAGGAAGACGGGGGAGAGGACGAGGUCACGGAGGGUUCUGCAAGAGUGUGCUGGAUUAAUUCGGAAGAAUCAACGGAGAAACUAGGGGACAUUCAAGUGGUGGAUCGAGCGUUUUUGCACGGGGAUAUUGUGGCGAAGGCAAAUGAUCCGUUGGGGCAGACAGGAACAGUGGUGGACGUUGAGAUGAGGGUAGAUUUGGAGCUUCCUAAUGGCGAGAUCAUGAAAGAUGUGAAUAGCAGGAGGUUGCGCCGUGUACGGGCUUUUGCUCUAGGAGAUUACGUGAUUCAUGACUUGUGGCUUGGGCGCGUAGACGAGGUUGUAGAUAAUGUCACGGUAAUGUUUGACGACGGGGCAAAGUGCAAGGUUCUCAGAGCCGACCCGGACCGCUUGGUUACCUAUACCGAAAGUGUGAUUGAUGACUCAGGAUGCCCAUAUUUCCCUGGUCAGAGAGUUCGUUGCACAUCAUCUUCGGUUUUCAAAAAUGCCAAAUGGUUGAAAGGAAGCUGGAAGGUUAGUCGGAUGGAGGGUGUCGUCGUAGAUGUCGAGGCAGGGUCAGUGUUAGUUUAUUGGAUUGCUGCUGGGAAUGCGCUCUCCAAUUCUCAUUCAUCGUCUGUUCCCAAUGAGGAGCAGGAUGCGAAAAAAUUGUUGCCCAUGAUAUACUUUUCACAUACGAAUUGGCAGCUUGGAGAUCGAUCGUUACCUCCGGUUCGAAUGCGUCCUAAAAGUGUCGUUCCUUUGGAGCCCACAACGGAUGUAAUUCCUUCAGAUGGUGAAGCCGAAUCCUCAGUUGAGAACAAUGCUGCCCGCAGUCCUGAAACUGUAGACGUCGUUUGUGGAUCUGCUGAAGGAUGUAAGGAUGCUUGGGGUACGCAUCGACGGAAGAGUAAGCAGAGGAGGCCAAUUAAGCGUGAUAAGAAGGUGCAGAAAAAGGAAAAACCUGUCGAGUAUGCCGUGUUGGUGGUUAACACCCGGACAACUGUUGAUAUUGUUUGGCAAGAUGGGACAGUAUCACAGGGUCUGGAUGCUUGUUCUCUUAUUCCAGUUGAUCAUUUAGGGGAUCAUGACUUUUGGCCAGAGCAGUACGUGAUGGAAAGAGGAGCAGAUGGGGAAGGUUUAGACGUGGACCCUAGACGAGUAGGUAUUGUCAAAAGUGUUGAUGCAAAACAGAGGACUGCCACUGUUCGCUGGUUGAAAAUUGUUCAAAGACCCGAAGAACCUCGAGAGUUUGAGUCAGAGGAAGUCGUGAGUGUUUACGAGCUCGUUGAACAUCCAGAUUAUAGUUAUUGCCUAGGCGAUGUAGUUAUUAGACUGACACCUUCACCUAUGGCAUCUGAUGAAACGCCAUUCAUGGAUGAGUCAGACGCUGCUGUUUCAUCUGGAGUAGAAGAAACCUCUGAGGUGGACGCAGAUGAGAAUGAGGCUUGUACUUCUCGAUCAUCAUCUGAUAAGCUUCUAAAGCAGAGUGCCAAAAGAAAAGGUCGUUCAAGCAAGGUUGUAAAUCAGGAUUUGUCAUGGGUUGGAGUAAUUACAGGGCUUCAAGAUGGAGACAUCGAAGUUGCAUGGGCCGAUGGAAUGGUUUCAAAGGUAGGGCCUCAGGCGAUUCUAGUAGUCAAUCGUGAUCUAGAAGAUUCUUCAUCAGCCCACACCAGUGAUCUUGAAGAUGCGGAAGAUGUAGAUGAUGCUGCUAGCUGGGAGACAGUUCUUUCUGAUGACGAGUUGACCAGAAUAGAACAGGAAGAAGAAGCAUGGACAGAUAAAGAGAGGCCUGCUUGGGAUGACGAGGUUGCUGAAUCUCAAGACAACGGUCAAGGGAAUGAGGCAGUUGAGCUUUUGGCAGAUGCUGGUGGCAAAGAUUUGGCUACAGAUGAACGAGGUCAAGUCGAGAACCGGCCUCAAAAGUACGGAGGUCCCUUCAAAUUGCCUCUAGUAGCGUUCGGCCUUGUCUCACGAUUUGCCGCAGGAUGGUGGGGUCAGAGGGGAUCUAAGAAAGGUGCUGACUCCGCAGGUGUCGCGAGGGCUUCAAGCUCCCAAGGCAGGGUAAAGCAUGGCCUUGAGGAAAUCCUCGAUGAGGAGAUAAGUGCUGGGAGUGAAGAGCAAGUACCGCAGUCACCGAAGAGGCGUGUGGUUGAGCGUGUGGCCCCUUGUAAGAGGGAUGCUUUACGAAUGUUCAACGAUACUGUUUUGAAUCCAGUCGAUAGAGAAGAUCAAGAGCUGGACAUGGCAGCCUCGAAUACGGCUACAGAUGCUGAUUCUGAGGACAGGAAUUCCAGUGCUUUUGCAGACUCUUUCACAACACUGGAGGAUGAGCAGACUCAAUCGUUAGCAGAUGUCAUAAAUGCUGUGAACAGUUCUCCUGAUGGGGAUGACUUUGUGAAGGCUGAAAGUAACUCGGAAAAAAUUAAGCAUUUUGACAGCGUCAAAGAUCCAGCCGAUCAUCACUACGUUGGCGAGACCGCACAGCCUACCAAUAAUCGCAAGUGGGUGAAGAAGAUUCAGCAAGAGUGGAGUAUUCUAGAGAAAAAUCUUCCUGAUACCAUUUAUGUAAGAGUUUAUGAAGACAGGAUGGAUUUGAUACGAGCAGUAAUUGUAGGAGCAGCAGGAACUCCAUAUCACGAUGGGCUAUUUGUCUUUGAUCUCUAUCUGCCUCCGGAAUAUCCAAGUGUUCCACCGGUUGCACAUUAUCAUUCCGGUGGGCUACGACUGAAUCCAAAUUUGUAUGAGAAUGGGAAAGUUUGUCUUAGCCUUCUAAAUACUUGGACCGGCAAAGGUUCGGAGAUUUGGCAUCCGUCAACGUCGAGUAUCUUACAGCUAUUGGUCUCUAUACAGGGUUUGGUUCUUAAUGCCAAACCAUACUUCAACGAAGCUGGUUAUGACCGACAAGUUGGCACAGGAGAGGGAGAAAAGAAUUCUGUUGUGUACAAUGAAAACUCUUUCCUGCUUUCAUGCAAGUCAAUGCUUUACCUUCUUCGACGACCACCCAGGCACUUCGAAGAGUUGAUAGGAGAGCAUUUUCGACAGCGUGGAAAUAGAAUUAUCCAGUCAUGCAAGGCCUACUUAGCCGGUGCUGAGGUGGGAUCUUUGAUCGAGUCAGACUUGGAAUGUGCUGCUGAGAGCUACUCUGAAGAUAAGAGUUCCGCAGGUUUCAAGCUCAUGCUGAAAAAGUUGGUGCCCAAACUCACCGCUGCUUUGCUGGAAGUUGGCGCAAGCAUUGACGCAGUCUUCAUGAAUUCUAUCAAUGCGUAAAUGUGGACAUGGUUUGCAGUGAGUUCUCUGCAAAUUUUGUGUAUUACCAAAUUCAAGGUAACGAGUUUUAAUAUCUGAGGUAUUCUCCGACACGCGGUUUCAAGCAGAGGUAAAAUUUGACACGUAGGCCUCAAGAAGUUGCAGUUGUAGUGUGAUCUAAUCCAACGUAGUCAGAGUCAUUCAGCCAUCUCAAUGUUUUGUUUAUUGUUGUAAACAAAAAAUAUUUUAGAAGUGGAGUACAGCAUCAUUCGUUGCAUGAUAACUUGUUUUAUAAAUAAGCACGACACCGCACAAUGACUACGGUAUAUAUUGGGAGUCUCAGCCACUUUUGUCUUGAUGAUUUAGACAACAACGUCGCUGAGAGUAUCAUCAUAUUGGAAGAAGCAUCUUCUAAGGACCUAUUUGGUGUUUUGAGUGAAUGUGACUAGAUGUUCUCUUUUUAAUUGGCGAUCAUUUCUGCCUCAGAUAAAAUGAGACAUGAUUUCGAGCUGC